UCACAUGAAGGUAAAAUGGGGAACAGAUUUGCAAAGUGAGCAUGAAAGAUACAUUACCGAAAAUGCUUUUGGUGGUCGCCCGGUGAUAAUUAGAGAUUAUCCUAAGGAUAUCAAAGCAUUUUAUAUGAGGCUAAAUGAUGACGGGAAAACAGUUGCAGCAAUGGAUGUGUUGGUUCCAAGGGUUGGUGAGCUCAUUGGUGGAAGCCAAAGGGAAGAACGCCUUGAUUAUCUUGAUAGACGACUGGAAGAGUUGAAUCUCCCAAAAGAGAGUUAUUGGUGGUAUCUUGACAUUCGGCGUUUUGGUUCAG